AUGGCUUCAUUAUAUGGUGUGCACCCUGAACCAAUACAAGCUUUGGGUGUCGACAAAGAGGAAGACCAGAUCAUUUACGGCAUCAGUACAGUCAAUCCAGAUCAGUACUGGAAACACUUUGGCAUCAACACCACAACGGGUGUCAUCACAGUCCUAAAGAAGCUGGAUCAUGAGGAAGAAAGCAUGAUCACUUUGGGCAUAACGGCAUCACAAGAAAAGGACAGUGAGAGAACAGCAACAGCCACGGUGGAGGUUGAAGUCACAGAUGUGAAUGAGGCUCCUGAAUUCAGUGAACCUGUGUAUGAAGCUUACACAUUCACUGUGGUUCCAAUCGGAUUUUGUGUUAUCAACGUGAAGGCAACAGACCCUGAUGUGGGGGAGACUGAGAGACUGCUGUAUUCCCUGGCGGAGCCCAGUUCCCAGUUUACAGUGGAUCCCUCUAGUGGCCAGGUGGAAAUACACAAGUCUGAAAAGGAAAACAUUGCAAGUUUGUCAAUAAACGUGAACCAUGAUGCUGUGAAGCAGAAUGAAGAAAAGGUGAAACAAUGGCGUGUAUACGAGGAGGGAACGCCAGAAGUGGUCCACUAUGAAAGUGCCCAGGAGCUCCCUGCGGAACUACGCUUCUCCUUCACCAAGGAGACGGAAUUCGUCUACACCGCAGGGACACAGUUGGGCGUUCUGGGCUUAUCAGGGCUAUCGUUCAGCCCAUUUUCGUGGACCUGCCUUGAUGACCUGCUGAAAGUUAUAGUCAUUAAAAACGAUACUAUUGACUAUAUAAGGGACAACUGGGACAAGGAUGAGUUCUUUGGCUCCCAGUACCUGAACAGUAUCAACCCCAUGCUGAUCCAGCGCUGUUCCAAGCUGCCAGAGAACUUCCCUGUUACCGAGGAGAUGGUCAAAGAUUCCAUGGGGGGAUGCACCUUGGAGCAGGAGAUGAAGAGAGGAAACAUUUUCCUGGCUGACUACAAGAUGUUGCACGGACUUGUGGGAAAUGUAGUCCACAACAGGCAGCAGUAUCUAACAGCUCCUCUGGUACUGCUGUACUCCAACCCGAAUGGUAAACUGCUUCCCAUCGCUAUUCAGUUGAAUCAGGAGCCUGGGGCGGAAAACCCCAUCUUCCUUCCCUCUGACUCUGACUGGGACUGGAAACUUGCCAAAAUCUUUGUGCGAAACGCGGAGUUCGGCGUUCACGAGGUCGACUUUCACCUGUUGAGAACUCACCUGCUGGCUGAGGUGUUCACCGUGGCAACCCUGAGGAACUUGCCUCCCCCGCACCCACUCUACAAGCUCCUGUUUCCUCACAUGCGCUACACACUCCAGAUCAACAGCAUGGCACGCGGUCAGCUGAUAUCUCCUAACGGAUCCAUUACCACGUAUGCAGGAGUGGGUGGAGAUUCCUUGAAAGAGCUGCUGAAGCGUGCCACAGCCUCCCUGACCUACAGCUCCCUCUGCCUGCCUGACAACAUCAAAGAGAGAGGCCUGGAGACGGUGCCGAACUACUACUACAGAGAUGACGGACUCAAACUGUGGAACAUCGUCAACAAGUAUGUCGAGGGGAUUUUGACCCACUACUAUCAGUGUGAUGCACAUGUGCAACAGGACUCAGAGCUAUGCGACUGGAUCAGGGAGAUACACACCCAUGGCUUCCUAGGAAAUAAACAUUCAGGAAUCCCGUCAUCCUUCCAAACACUGACAGAGCUUGUCAAGUUUGUCACCAUGGUGAUCUUCACUGCAUCAGGCCAACACGCUGCUGUCAACAAUGGACAGUAUGAAUAUGGCGGAUGGAUGCCAAACUACCCUACUGCCCUCAGGAAACCCCCUCCCACAGUCAAGGGCCAGACCACUGAGUGCAUCAUCUUCGAGACCCUACCUGACAUCGGCACAACAGUCAAUGGCGUCGCUGUCCUGAGGCUGUUAAGCAAGGAAGGAACAGACCGAUACCCUCUGGGAUAUUUACCAGAAGAUCUGUUUCAUGAGGACAUCCCACUCAAGGUCAUUGCGGACUUCCAGAACGAUCUGAAGGAGCUAUCCGAACUCAUCGAGAAGAGGAACAAGACACUGGUGCUUCCCUACACCUUUCUUGACCCCAAGAACGUGGACAACAGCGUGGCCAUCUGAAGCUUGCAUUGCAUUACAUUAUUUUUUAAAUUAUUUUUGUGGAACUUCCUUUUAUAUUGCUCGCCAUCUGCUGUCAUACAGCUUAAGCAAAUCAAGUAAAUCAAGUAUAUUCACAGGUAUAUUAUCAUUGCUACUAGACUAGUCAUAAAGUGUGACAUCUAAUGGCAUUUUUGAGACAAUAUCGGCAAUGGGUGAGCUGAAUUCAAAUCAGCAAUUUGCCGGGCUUUAUUUGACCUCUGUUGACCUCUAGAGGUCAAUGAACUGUGGGCCUGUAAGUGUCCCAUUUGAACCUUGGUUCUAUGCUUCAGAAGCAAUUAAGUAUGCUAAAAUGAUGAAUUAUACAGGCUAAUGCUAUUACGCAACCAUGUUUUUUGGAGAUACCUGGGACAAUAUUGGUGUUGUUGCUUUCUUCUUUUUAUGGUGAAAUCCAAGCAUGAGCUACUUAUUUUUAAGAGCUAUGAUUAAUAUUACUCAUUUUAAGUGAAAAAAAAAAUGUAAAAUUAAGCAAAUCAUGUGUAAGUUUUAGAGGUUGAUUUCAGGUCGGUACAGUGCUGCAUUAAAUUAUCCAAUUGAUUAAUUAUCAAGGUAACAGUGACACCUUGCGGCCAACUGUAGGGACUGCAUAAUUUGUGAAGAUUCCUACGCUGAGGCGAACGUGAAUCCAAUGAGAAACUUACUGUGAAAUGCUUGACACAUGAUAA